AUGCGUACCGAUGUCAUCUUCCUUCUUGUAUAUGUGAACGACAUAUUGAUCACUGGAUCUUCUAAUUCUUCACUUACUCAACUCAUCUCUCAGCUCUCUACCACUUUUUCUCUUCAAGAUCUUGGGGAAGCUCAUUACUUCCUAGGGUUGGAACUUCAUCGCACUAUAGACAGUGUGCAUUUAUCCCAACGUAAAUAUAUUCAUGAUCUUCUCGUCAAGACCAAGAUGCAUAAGGCUAAACCAAUUCAUACACUUAUGGUGGCAUCUACCAAACUUGAUGUCACUCAUGGUUCUCCUCUUCUAGAUGCCACUAAAUACCGCAAUGUGGUAGGGGCGCUGCAAUAUAUUACACUUACUCGGCCGGAUAUCAGCUUCUCUGUUAACAAAGUUUGUCAUUUUAUGAAGGAGCCCACCGAUGUUCAUUGGAGUGCAGUCAAGAGGAUCAUUCGUUAUCUUAAGUCAACAAUUGACCAUGUCAUUAUUUUUUGUUCUUCUCAAGAAUUGGCUCUCGAAGCCUUUUCUGGUGCUGAUUGGGCUAGUUGCCCUGUUGAUCGUCGCUCCCAAGGGGGUUUUUGUGUUUACCUAGGCCGUAAUUUGAUUUCAUGGAGCUUUCGUAAACAGUCCACGGUUUCUCGCUCCAGCACAGAGUCAAAAUAUCGUAGUCUUGCCUCCACUAUCACUGAACUUCUUUGGCUCUAG